GGAACACGGCGGGACGUCCGCAGCUCAGUGCGCGUGCUCCGAGAGCUUGGCGGGGGAGGAGUACUACGACCCCUCGCUCCUAGAGACUUCCGGGGCGGAGAGAAAUGGGCGGAGGGGAGACCGGAAGUACAGGGACUGGCGCCUACUUUUUAAUCUCCUUUCCUAGCGGAGUAUUUCAGUUUGUGCCUGGUGAACAGUUAGAUGGUUGUGAGGGGUAUCUUAUUCCUGGUCGCCCUCCCUUUCACUGUACCACCGGGCUAUAAGUUGACCUAGAGAAAAAUCUGACCCCAGUGAGCAGGUAGGGAGAUAGCCUUUGUGGUUAGCUUGUCCUUUUAUUCAAGUUCUGUUUGACCCUCUUCAGACCGUCGUCAGCUUCCUUUUGCUCCACGCCUCUAGUCGCUUUGUUUUUACCCUUUUUGCAGCGGCGGCUUCUCCCGCUCCGCCCCUCCCUCCCAGAAUUAUGUAUGAUCGAGCUCCCCGCUUGUUCAGAUUGGCUGAAGGUGGCAGCACUGAGGAGCAUGUGGGUCCUGGAUCCUAUCAGGUACCUUUCCUGAAGCAGCAGGCAACAGGUGGCUAUGCACCAUUCCUUUCUUUGGCUGCCAGAGAAAGUACUUUUACUGUUGCCUCUAACACUGAGAAAGCUGUUCCAGGGCCAGGACACUAUAAUGUUUCAGAAGCACAGUAUAAUAUAAAAGGAGGUCAUAGUCUACAAAACCGGGAGAAGCGUUUUAAGAAGUUUGUUUCAGAUAGCCCAGGACCAGCAAGCUAUGAUCAGUUUUAUCCUGGAACAUUAGAUAUCAUGAACAGAAAAGCACUGCAGGUUAAAGAGCAUCUUCAAUCAAAAAUUUCAAGGGUACCACCUACAGUUUACAGAAGUGUUGAUGUUCCUUCAAUUCCUUCUUGUGGAUGGUCAUAUGGUUAUGAUAUUAAUGAGGAUGGCAGUAUUAUAAAACAUUCUCCACCUGCUAGUGACAGUCCACUAGGUCCAGCAUACUAUAAACCUCAAUUUGAUUUUUCCAAUACAACUUUGAAAUACAAGGGGAUACAUUUUGGCCACUCUUUGGGAAGACUGGAGUUACCUACAAGGUCAGGGCCUGGUCCUGGACAGUAUAAUAUAGUCCAGAAAAAGACACCUCAUUAUGAAAAUAUUAACAUUAAGAAAGAUCAACGACAAAAUUAUUGCUUAAAUCUCCCACGAUUUUAUGAAGUAAUAAUAUUACAGGAGGAAAAAAAGGGAGUACCAGGGCCUGGAAAAUAUGACAUUAAAAGUCAAUUUCAGAAGGCCGAAAGUAUGAUACCAAGUGUAAAUGAUGCAUCACCUGCUUUUCUUUCUCAAUCCCAGAGAUUUGUACCUAUCAAGUCAAUCACUCCAGCUCCUGGCACAUAUAAUGAAUCUCGAAGUGCUUUCAAUUCCUUGAAGAAAACACCAGCACUGAAAAGUACUCCAUUUGGUCAAAGUGCUGCUCGAUUCACACAGGACUCAAGGACAAAGGAAAUGCCAGGUCCUGGGUUUUAUAAUAUCCUAAACAAUACUAUAAUCAACAACUUUACCGAUACCUGCUUGAUGAAACAAAAGAAAAGUGUAUUUGGGUCUUCUGUUCCUCGGACUCUCUUCCUGGUUCAGGAAGAAGCUUUUACUGCUCCUGGUCCUGCUGAUUAUCAGAUUGGUGGAAUUUCUGAUGAACUACCUAACUUGACUAACUGCUAUGCUGCUUUCUUGUCAAGAACACAAAGAUCUACUAAACUGUCAGAUAUGGAUAUUCCAGCACCUGGCAGCUAUGAUGUUCAAAAAUCAUAUGAAAUGUCCCAAGUUCAACAUAAAUACAUGCCGCCUCGUACUUUUGUGGCUAAACUGAAACAUGCCUCCUUUCUUAGCACAACUCCACGGUGCCUGCAGAAAAUGACUGAUGGGCCAGGACCUGCAACAUAUGAUCCCGUUUUAAGGAAAUCUUGCUCCAUACCCUUAUUUGUUAAAGCAUCAAAGCGUUUUAAAGAUUCCAAAGAGAUAACUCCUGGUCCAGCAACAUAUGAGCUCAGUCCAUUUUUAAGACAUUCUGUUUUGAAGAAGACAUUUAAUGUCACUCUACCAAAUCCUUCCCUGAUUACGAGAGAAAACACUUUUACUGUAAAACAAAAAGCCAAACAAAAAAACCCAGAAAACAAAGUAAAAUCUUCUAAAUGAUAUAUUCUAAAGGUAUUAGCUAUUAACAUAAAGGUAAGCUGACAGUUCUCUCACAAAGAAGCAGUUCCAUUUUGAUGAUGCCCUCCAGCAGCUACUCAAAGACAUAUAAUUGCGCUUCUAACCUCAAGAGAUAGAAAAAUCUCUUCUUGCAAGACAUUUAGUUCUUUUUUUCUCAAAAUUUUCCUAUUACAACAGCAGUAUAUAUAUAUAUUCAUUGCAUUCUUCCUAAACAUGUAUUAUUAACGCUUCCAUAUAAAACACAAUGCUGAAUAAAGACAUCUGAAAACCC